AACUCCCCAAUCACAGCUAAAGCGAUUCUACCUUUUAAGGAGGCCACCACCGUGUUCCCUGGCGUCGGUUUGGCCGGGGCUGUGCAGGCAACAACGGUAACUCCACAGUCCCAGACGACUGUAGGCGCGCAAUUCACUCCCUCAGUCAGUCUAGGGCUUUGUAUUCGUACGAAGCUCAACCCAAACCCAAAUAGAACGCGCGCGACCAGCAGCUAUGGAGAGCGCCUUUGCCAGCGCCUCUGCGAUCACCGACCAGAGGCAAAAGAUCGAACAGUACAAGCUCAUUCUGUCCUCUGUCAUCGCCUCAAAUGACAUCUCUCAGGCUAAGAAGUUCAUCGAUCACAUGUUAUCGGACGAUGUCCCCUUGGUAGUGUCGCGACAGCUCUUACAAACGUUUGCGCAAGAACUGGGACGGUUGGAACCGGACGCCCAAAAAGAGAUUGCGCAUUUUACCCUCGCUCAGAUUCAGCCUCGGGUCGUGUCAUUUGAAGAACAGGUGUUAGUUAUUAGAGAGAAACUUGCAGAGCUAUAUGAGUCUGAGCAGCAAUGGUCUAAAGCAGCUCAGAUGCUCAGUGGCAUUGAUCUCGAUUCUGCAAUGAGAGUGAUUGAUGAUACGUUCAGGCUGUCUAAAUGUGUCCAAAUUGCUCGCUUAUAUCUUGAGGAUGAUGAUGCUGUUAAUGCAGAAGCUUUUAUCAAUAAAGCUUCCUUCUUGGUUAGCAACAGUCAGCAUGAAGUAUUGAAUCUACAAUAUAAGGUUUGUUAUGCAAGGAUACUGGAUUUGAAGCGGAAGUUCUUGGAAGCAGCAUUACGUUAUUAUGACAUAUCCCAGAUUGAGAAGCGGCAAAUAGGAGAUGAAUGGAUUGAUGAGGAAGCAUUGGAGCAAGCUUUAUCUGCUGCUGUGACAUGUACAAUUUUAGCUGCGGCAGGUCCACAACGUUCCCGUGUUCUUGCCACUUUGUACAAAGAUGAAAGGUGCUCAAAGUUAAAAAUUUAUCCAAUAUUACAAAAGGUGUAUUUGGAGAGAAUUUUGAGAAAACCAGAAAUUGAUGCAUUUGCUGAAGAACUAAAAGCACACCAGAAAGCACUUUUGCCAGACAAUUUUACUGUGCUGGAUCGUGCGAUGAUCGAGCAUAAUCUUCUGAGUGCAAGCAAACUUUACACAAAUAUAAGCUUUGAUGAGUUGGGCACAUUGCUGGGCAUUCCUCCUCACAAGGCUGAGAAGAUAGCGUCAAGAAUGAUUUAUGAGGACAGAAUGAGGGGAUCUAUUGAUCAGGUGGAAGCUGUUAUACAUUUUGAGGAUGAUACUGAAGAGCUGCAACAAUGGGAUCAACAGAUUGUUGGUCUGUGCCAAGCUCUCAAUGAUGUCCUCGAUGGCAUGGCCAAGAAGGGCCUGGCAAUUCCUGUCUAGCCAUGUCAAGUGCUCUCCAAGGAUGAAGCCCUGAUUCUUUCUGAAUUUUGUUUUUUAAUAGAAUUGUCAAAUGCUUCAUGGUACAUCUUAAAGGGUAACUGACACCGCACCCAGCUUCGGCUUCUUGAUGUUAAACAGUGGAGAAUGCUUCUCCGGUAUAUUUUGCAGUCGUCAAAACAUGUUAAGAGAGAGAGAGAGUUGAAGAGUUAAUCAAUGUGAGUUGGAGAGUUAAAUCAAUACAAGUGAACUACCCACCUCUGAAAGUCAAAUUGGCAACAAA